AUGACGACAACAACAGCAGCAGCAGCAGCAGCAGCAGAAACAUUGUCCAGCUGCGAUGAUCCGUCCUCACUUAAGAAGAACAAGAACAAGAACAAGAACGAUAAAGAUGACGAAGAGAAGGCCGCAGCAGCAGCAGCAGACACCACAACAGGACCCAACUCGACAGACCAAGAAGAAAAAGAAAAAGGCUUCAUCACCGGAAUCAGACUGUACCUCAUCACGGUGGCAGUGACGCUAGUGGGGUUUUUGAUCUUGCUCGACAUGAGCAUUAUCGCGACGGCCGUUCCACGCAUUGCUAGCGAUUUUCAUGCGUUGCAAGAUGUUGGUUGGUAUGGGAGUUCGUAUCAGUUGGCUAAGUCGUCUGCAUCCACCGGGAAAUCUGCUGAUGCGCAACCAGUGCCUCUCUCCAGCCGCUGGCCGGGAAGCUGUAUUCGAAUUUCCGCUCCAAGCAUAUUUUGGGGCGAUGAUAGGCGUUAUCGAUUACUAACCUGGAUUGCUACAGGCUUCUACAUCAACCUCCCCAUCGGCGGCCUCGUGGCCAUCUUGCUUCUCUUCAUCGACAUCCCCGAUAGCAUCAAACCCCGAGAGCUCUCCGUCCUGAAAACCAUUCUCACAAAGCUCGAUCUGGUCGGCUUCGCCCUGUUUGCUCCUGCGGCGAUCCAGUUCUUCCUCGCCCUGGUCUGGGGCGGGAACCAGUUCGCCUGGGACAGCGCGACGGUGAUUGGGCUCUUCUGCGGCGCGGGAGGCACGUUCAUCGUCUUCCUCGUGUGGGAGUACUUCAAGGGCGACGAGGCGAUGAUCCCGCUGUCCAUGGUGCGCGUACGAGCGGUGUGGUCGGCCUGCCUGGUCCAGCUCUUCUUCUUCGGCAUGCUCCAGCUGGUGGAGUACUUCCUGCCCAUCUACUUCCAGGCCGUGAAGGGGGUCUCCCCCAUGCUGAGUGGAGUCUACUUACUGCCGAACGUCAUCAGUCAGUUGAUCGCUGGUGUUGCGGCGGGAGCAGCAGUCAGCAAACUGGGCUACUAUCUGCCCUGGAGUGUGGGCAGCGCGAUGCUGCUGGCCGUCAGCAACGGCCUCUUGUCGACCUUGUCGCCAUCCACCUCGACCGGGAAAUGGAUCGGAUACCAGAUCCUGCUCGGCGCCGCGCGCGGCAUGGGGAUGCAAAUGCCGUUGACAGCGGUGCAGAACUCGCUGCCGCCGGCGCUGACAUCCAUCUCCAUGUCUCUGGUGACGUUCUGCCAAACCUUUGGCAGCGCCGUGUUCCUGACCGCGGGCGAUCCCGUCUUCACCAACAGUCUCCGCACGGCGAUCCUCCGCGAUGCGCCGGGCGUGAACCCGGCCGUCAUCGUCGCUGCGGGCGCCACGGGCAUUCGAGAGGUGGUCACAAACCCGGUACAGCUGGCGGGCGUGUCGGCCGCGUACAGCACCAGCAUCGACAGGGUGUUCUACCUGGCGGUGGGGUUAGCCUGCGCCUGUUUCUGCUGCACGUGGGGGUUGGGGUGGAAGGAUAUCCGGAAGAAGGAGAAGGAGCAGGAGGCGCCGAAGGAGGUAUAA